GACCCAUGAACUGAUAGCUAUGUCGGAAAAUAACGAAAAUACCCCCUCUACCACCCAGGCCCCAUCCUCUCCAAAUCCCCCGCCUCGCUGAAUCCAUUCUUCCCAUGCCCCCGCGCCCGCGCACGAGCACGCGCUCGUUCAUUCGGUGCUGGGCGGUCUCGAAGCCUUCUCAAUAGCUCAACUUCUCCUUCAUCUCCUUUUUUGAUUCCUAUUAUAGGAGUUCCUAUUAGAAUUUGAAGUUCUUCGAUUGCGUUCAAGAGAAUGUGGAUGAAUUCCGGACAACCGGCGGAUUCCUACUACGAAGUCAGGCCGGAGUACACUGACGACGUUCCCAAGACCCGAUUCAAGAUCAAGGCUGGAAGAACCCUUAGCGUUAGAAGAUGGCAGGCUGCCUUUAGCUCUGAAGGAUAUUUGGAUAUUGGACCAACUCUCAGUCGAAUUCGACGUGGGGGAAUACAUCCAUCAAUUAGAGGUGAAGUUUGGGAGUUUUUACUUGGAUGUUUCAGUCCAAAGAGUACGUUUGAGGAGAGAGAGCAGUUGAGACAACAACGAAGAGUAAAAUACGCUCAAUGGAAGGAAGAAUGUCGACAGAUGGAUGCUCAUGUUGGUAGUGGUACCAUUAUUACAGCCCCAAUAAUCACUGAUGACGGAGAACCAAUCAAAGAUCCUCUUGUCCUGAUGCAAGCUGUGCCAUCUGCUAACCUUCUUGACGAUGUUGGAGCCAGUGAAGGGAGCGAUGAAGAAACCCAAAUACAUAUAACAGACAAAAAAAUUAUUCAGUGGAAACUAACUUUACAUCAAAUUGGUCUCGACGUGCUGCGUACCGACAGGACUCUAGUAUUUUAUGAGAAGCAGAGCAAUUUAGCAAAGCUUUGGGAUAUUCUGGCCGUUUAUGCUUGGAUUGACAAAGAUGUUGGCUAUUGUCAAGGAAUGAGUGAUCUUUGUUCUCCAAUGAUAAUGCUUCUUCAAGAUGAAGCAGAUGCAUUUUGGUGCUUUGAACGGUUGAUGCGAAGAUUGCGAGGAAAUUUCAAAUGCACAGACAAGUCCGUUGGGGUCGAGAACCAACUGCAAAGUCUGGCAUCCAUUACUCAACUUCUCGACCCUAAACUACAUCAACACCUAGAAAAACUUGGUGGAGGUGAUUACAUCUUUGCUUUCCGAAUGUUCAUGGUCUUGUUCCGACGGGAAUUUUCAUUUGGUGAUUCAUUAUACCUAUGGGAGAUGAUGUGGGCUCUAGAAUAUGACCCUGGAAUCUUCUUGGUGUAUGAAGAACAAGUGCUCUCUAGUGAUAGAAAUGGGGGGACCAGAGAAAAAAUAAAAUCAAUCCGCCAAUUCGGGAAGUAUGAGCGAGAAAAUCUGAGGAAUGGAAGCAAAGGUUCUGAACCACCUCUCCCCAUUUCAGUUUUUCUUGUUGCCAGUGUUCUCAAGGAAAAGAGCAAUAAACUAUUGCAGGAAGCCAAAGGUCUUGAUGAUAUUGUGAAGAUUUUAAAUGACAUUACUGGAAAUCUAGACGCCAAGAAAGCAUGCAGUGGAGCCAUGAAGCUUCAUAAAAAAUAUUUGAGAAAGUCCAAAGGGGCAUAAGCUCUGAAGCAAUAUGCAGAAUACAGUGCAUUUUUAUUGUAAGUAAUUGAAGCAUGCUCAAGAAUAUCAUAACACGGCGCAAAUGUGUUACUAUUGUGGGACGAAUCAACUUUUAAAAGCUCAGAAGCUGGUUUUCUUUUUGAAGCAAUAGUUGGACCCAUGUUGUGCCUAUGUUGUUGAGCAUGUUCAUUGCAGUUUAUUUGAGCUUUUUUUACUUAUCUCAAUUCAUUGUACACGCUGUACCAUCAUAUGCGUUCUUCGUGUUCAUGUAUAAACUGGAAAAUAUGCCAAGUUUCCUUUCUGAGGAAAGCUUCUUAUAUAUUAUAAAAAAUAAGAAAAAGAAGUUUUUGAUCA